AAUGGUGAAGAUUGUUUUGCGUUAAUUAUCUCAUCAAAUUUGUUACUCCUAUAGUCGUGAUGGUGGUUUGGAUAGUUAGUGUAAACCGUAGACGCAUAUAACACCAUACACUACACUAAACCAAACCCAUGGUGCCACCAUGUAGAUAUAUCGGUAGAAUAUUAGUAGGUACAUAUCAACAAGGUUAGUGCUGUAUUAUAAAUAUAUAUUGAUUUGUUCCUGGGAGUUGUUCUUAAAUCCUCCAGCUCCUAACAACUCCAGCUCCAGCUCAAUAUACUUCCUCAUCGAACAAUCAAUGGUUAGGCAUUUGAAUAUUCACUUCAAUCUUCUUUCUCUUUUUAUUCUUUUACAAAUAUCAUGGGUUCAGUCCAAAUUUGAAGCCUCUUCUAAUACGACAAUAAGUACUGGAUUUUCAUCAUCAUCAUCUUCGCCACCAUCAAGAGUUAAAUAUUUACCUGGAUUUUCAGGAUCGCUUCCUUUCCAUCUUGAAACAGGGUAUAUCAGUGUUAAUAUUAGUGAUGAAGAUUCACAGAGUAAUAACCAUGAUCGAAAUGAAGAUAUUGAGCUGUUCUAUUAUUUUGUGAAAUCGGAAAGAAAGCCUGAAGAAGAUCCCCUUGUGCUCUGGUUCACUGGUGGUCCGCGUUGCUCUAGUCUUAGUGCUUUGCUGUUUGAGAUAGGUCCUAUAACAAUGGACAUAGCUGGAUAUGAUGGUGGGCUGCCAAAAUUGGUGCUCAACCGAAACUCAUGGACUAAGGUUGCAAACGUAAUCUUUCCAGAAGCCCCCGUUUACACUGAAUUUUCGUACUCGAGGUCUUCAGCUAAUUUAUAUGUUGGUGACAAGGAGUCAUCGCAGAGUAGCUAUGAAUUUGUAAUUAAGUGGUUAUUCAGGCAUCCGGAAUUUAAAUCCAACCCUCUUUACAUUGGUGGUGAUUCAUAUUCAGGCAUCAUUGUUCCGAUUGUUGUUCAACAUUUGAUAAAUGAUAUUCAAACGCAAAAAUAUCCAUUCCUUAACUUAAAGGGUUACUUACUCGGGAAUCCGCUAACCCAAAAACAAUUGGACAUUAAUGCAAGGGUACCAUAUGCUUAUGGCAUGGGCCUUUUAUCCUACGAACUCUUUGAGUCAAUGAAGGAGAAUUGUAAAGGGAAGUAUCUCAAUUUUGAUCUUGACAAUGUGAACUGCUCAAAGGAUGGAGAAAGAUACCAAGAGGGUCAAAAUCAAGAUGUUUUAAGUGGAUAUUGGGAAAAUGAUGACCGUGUUCAAGAGGCUCUCCACGUAAGAAAUGAAACAGUUAAGAAAUGGGUUCGGUGCAACUCUGACGCACCUUAUAAGUAUGAUAUAUAUGGCAUUUCAAGCAUUGUAGAAUAUCAUCGAAAGAUUAGCACCAAACUUGGUUAUAGAUCUCUCAUAUACAGUGGUGAUCAUGAUUUGGUGGUGCCACAUAUUUCAACAGAAGCAUGUAUACGAUCACUGAAUUUAUCCAUUAUCGAAGAUUGGCGCCCAUGGCUUCUCGAUGAUCAGAUUGCAGGAUACACAAGAACAUACUCAAGCGGUCUUACAUAUGCAACUCUGAAGGCAAGCAACAAAAUAUUAUCCUAAUUUCAACAUUUUUAUCCACAUCAAACUUAUAAUUUUAUCCUACUCGGCCGCUGUAUAAUAUUAGAUUGAUUAAAGCGAGCUUGUGCUUGUUUAUAAAAAUAUUCGUCUUAUAUAGUUUAUAAAAAUAUUCGUCCUAUAAAAAAGUAAUACGCACGGAACAUCAUUUUCACGAUCACUUUCGGCAACUAGUGAUCUUCAUGGAAAUGUAUUAUGACUAUGUAUUUGAAAC